AUGAAUCAAGACCAAGCAGCACCGGCUUUUGGUUUUGAGGGUGACUACAACCUGAGGAUAUCGAGGAUCUACAAGUUCCCGGCAGGGCUAAGGGCUCUGGGCACCCGGUACAUCGAACCGAUGUUGGUAGCCAUCGGUCCUUACCACCGCCACUUACCCCACCUCCAGGGGAUGGAGCAGGUGAAGCGCCUGGCUACCGACCACUUCGUCAACCAAGUGGAGCCCACGCGAGAAGAGCUAUACGCAGCAGUCCUCCACGUGGCGGGCACCGCCCGCCUCCUGUACGGCUACGGCAUCAUCCCGCCGGCACCAGCCGCAGCCGCAGGUGCCGCGCCGCCCCGGGCGCCUUCAGGAGACGCGCACCAGCAGGCGCCGGCGCAGGAGCAGCAGCAGCAGGCACCGCCUGCCGCAGCCCAACAUGGCAAUAAUCCGCCACCGCCAAUGGGAGACGUUGAAUUUGCAGAUAUGCUUUUCCAUGAUGCUUGCUUGCUGCUGCAGUAUAUUAGAGUGCGUAUGCUUAACACAGGGCCACCGUCGCUGGCACACCUCUUCUACUCCAAGCGCUCUGUCAUCAAUAAUGACAUCAUGCUACUAGAGAACCAGCUCCCCUGGCUUGUGCUCAGCAGUCUCAUCAAUCUUACGGGCCACGUGCCCGUGACAAGAUUCAUUGUUCGGUUGGCAAGUGUUUUCCAUGCUCGCAGGGGUCUCGGGGUGGAACAAGGCUUUGAGCUCGGUGACUACAGGCCGGGUCAUCUCCUUGCUCUCCUCCGGUUCCACAUGAAAGGAGACAUGACACGGCAAGUGGACAUGCUCGUCAAUACUCCAAACCAGAUCUCUGUAUCUUUUAACGCCAUCGGGCUCGAAGAAAUCGGCAUCAAGCUCAAGGUGAGCGACGGAAACAUGUUCGCGGACAUGCGCAUCAACAAGAGAAGCCUCUUGCCCGGCCGCAAGCUCGUCCUGCCACCGAUGUUACUGGGCAAUGUAUCCGUCACUUGCCUCGUCAACAUGGCGGCUUUGGAGGUAUGCACGGGCAUAUCUUUUGUGGACAACAAUACUGUGGUUUGCUCCUACGUCGGUAUCCUCGCCAUGCUCAUGCACCGGGAGGACGACGUGCACCAGCUGCGAGCUAUGCAUCUCGUACAAGGAGAACUCACCGACCGGGAGACGCUCGACUUGUUCACCAGCCUUGGCAAGCACCUGCCCUCGGGCGAACGCUAUGUGAGUAUCCUGGAAAGCAUUGAGGAGUACAAGCUCGGCAAUUGGCUUUGGAUCGCGGUGCACAGGUUCUUUUACCUAUACUUUACCAAGAUCGCGACGUUUUUUGCUGCGAUAGGUAGCAUUGCUGGUGUGUUCAAGGCGUUCGAGCUCAUUGUUGUGAAGAAGCACCAAUAG